AUGUACAACUCUAUACUUAAUAGACAAAGACAAACUAUUGUUCUGGACAGAUGCCUUGACAACUCACCAGAUGAUCUUAUACCGAUAACAUCAUCCAUACACUUUAGACUAGCAUAUAAUGAAGAAUAG